UAGAAGUUAUAUGUAGUAUUUAAAAACCUUAAAUUCCAAGCUUCCAGAGGGUCGGCUGGACCAAAACUAAGUCCACUAGCAAAAGAACAAGACAUGGUUAAAAACUUAAAACUUAAAAUCCCCACAAAUCUACAAUGAUCUCUGUUUUGGGUUUGGAAAUCCACUUUUUUUUUUGGUUCACAUUGAUCUUUGGUUGUUGACACCGAGCAAGGCAGUAAGCCUUCUCACAAUUAAACCCUAAUAAACAGCGCGUGCUGGUUACCAGCACCAAAUGUUAGUGAUGUGGACGGUCAUCUCACCGUUGGUGUCAGCAAUCAGUGAUGACUAUAUCUUCUAGUCCGCGCACUAGCUACUCUCUCUCUUGCGCUGCACUAAAAGAUGAGGGACCUACGUUUUCGUCCAAUAUAAAAGGAUAUCUGGCACACUACUGAGUCUUCAUUUAUCAGACCAAUACAUAAAGCUAAUCAUGGAGUCAUUGGAGUGUACUUGGCCAGCUUCAUGGAAUCUUCAGGAAAAGAUGAAGGAAGAGCUUGUCCGAGGGCAUGAACUUGCAAAUCAACUUCACUUGGUUGUCCGUAAUGGUGAUGGUGAAACGGCCAAAGGUCUUGCUGCGAAGAUCGUGUGCUCGUUCACUAAUAGCCUUUCCCUCUUAGGUGGGAAUCAUGAUUCUAAGGGGAAGCAUAUUCAAGCCAAUACUAGUAGCAAUACUGUUGCUCUUCCUACUCUUGUAGAUUCAUCAUCCUGGGUUGCUCUCGAGGCUAUUAAGAGAACGGAAAUGUUGAUAAAUAGUAGAAGUUCUUCCAAGAAAAGAAAAACUUCACAUUCAUGGAGUAGAGACGCUCCCGAUUUCAUUGAUGAUGGUCAUACAUGGAGAAAGUACGGACAGAAACAGAUCCUUAAUGCCAGCCAUCCAAGGAGCUACUUUAGGUGCAGUCAUAAGUAUGAUCAAGGCUGCAAGGCGACCAAGCAGGUGCAGAAAGUUGAAGAUGAUCCAUCCUUGUUUCGGACUACAUAUUUCGGAAAUCACACAUGCAAACAUAGCAUACUCAAAGCUCCUGAAAGCAUCCUUGAUAACGUAAGUGGUGGUAGUCCUAGAGAAGAGUCUAAUUCCAAGUUUAUGAUCACAUUUGAGAACAACAACAACUUCCCGUACGAACAAGAACACCCUUUUUUCUCAUCCUACUCAUCAACCGAAAGAGAGAUCAUUAAAUCUAAUCAUGUGGCGAGCAGCAGGUCAUCAUCACUAUCUUGUGAUUAUCUUGUGCCACCUGAUCAAGUGAUGGUGUUCGAGUCGUCUGAGCCCAUCGGCAGGUUGCCAACAAUGAUGGAGCUUCACUCUGAGGACAUGAUCACAUUUGAGAACAACAACAACUUCCCGUACGAACAUGAACACCCUUUUUUAUCAUCCUACUCAUCAACCGAAAGAGAGAUAAUUAAAUCUAAUCAUGUGGCGAGCAGCCAGUCAUCAUCACUAUCUUGUGAUUAUCUUGUGCCACCUGAUCCAGUGGUGGUGUGCGAGUCGUCUGAAACCAUCAGCAGGUUGCCAACAAUGAUGGAGCUUCACUCUGAGGACAUGAUUUAUUAUUAG